ACUCUUUGAACCCUGUGGCCUGUGGUCUUUUUUCCCCACAUACAUCCAUUUUCUCUUCCCCAAAUGCAGCAAAAGAAAGCCCUCUUUUUUGUAGGUGUUUUCUCCCCACCAUCAUCCACCACUCAUCUUUCUCUCUCUUGAUUCCUGGAAGGAAGAAUGCCAAGACCCUAUGAGUGUGUGAGAAGGGCUUGGCACAGUGAUAGGCACCACCCCAUCAGGGGCUCUCUCAUUCAAGAAAUUUUCAGGAUUGUGAAUGAGGUCCAUUGUUUAGCUACUAAGAAGAAUAGGGAGUGGCAAGAGAAACUCCCCAUUGUUGUUUUGAAAGCUGAAGAAAUCAUGUAUUCUAAAGCAAACUCUAAGGCUGAGUAUUCUGAUCUUGAUACACUUUGGGAAAGAGUAAGUGAUGCCAUUGACACCAUAAUCAGAAGAGAUGAGACCUCUGAAACUGGGGAAUUCUUGCACUCUUGUAUUGAAGCUGCAUUGCAUUUGGGUUGCACUCCUAGGAGAUCAUCGAGAAGCCAACGUAGCGGUUCGCCUAGAUGCUACCUAAGGCCGGAUAAUGUAGAGGGUGGUUUUGUUUCUCACACCAAUUUGAGCUCUGAGAUUUAUAGGAAAUUUGCUAAGAUUAGCCCCCUCAUCCUCCAUUGCCCACACUACUCAACACUCGAUGCCAAGAAUCCCUCACCUUCGUGCAUCAAGGGUCGCGGUUGUAGUUUUCAAUCAAGAAAUCCCAGUCAUGUCAAAAAAACUGUCUUGCUGCCCAACAAUGACCAAGCUUCUAACUCGUCGAACCUAUGGCAUGUGUUUCCUUUGCACUAUGGUGAUGGUCUUGAGCCUUCGAAAGCUUCAUUUCCCAAUCCCCAACUCGUGGAUAGUGAUAAAAUUGGUCCCCAACGAAGUUACCCCGCCUUAACUUGGGAUGCUAAUUGUACAUCCAAUCAUGAAGAAAUAGAGCAGCAGGUCGGCUGCGACUUAACAUUGCGGCUGGGUUCUCUAGUAGCUCCUCAUGCUAGUAUUGAGAACAGUUGUCCUCUACGAGUGCAAUAUGGCAAUAGGAGCACUGUGGAUCGGAUCUAAUCCAAGAGCCGUCGUCUCAAGGAUUGAACCACGAUCUGUGAAGCAGGCUUGUUUUGAUGUGAAUAAUAUGCUGACAUUGUACAGUGGGGAAUGGUUUGUUAUUAUCAGCUCUUUUCGUUGA